AUGGAAUGUUCCUACUUGUCCAUUUUCACAUUUUCACAUUUGCUUGAACAGACUACCCCAAGAGGAUUCUCACAGGAGCUAGAAAGGCUCGAAAAAUCUCUUGAUGAGACUAGCCCAUUUAAUCGUAUAUACGAUAGAGCUAUGGAUAUUAUUAAGCUUCAGCCCAAGAAACGCAGGGAUCUGGCGUUCAAAGUACUAUCGUGGCUUGUUAUGGCUAGACAGGUUCUCGAUCUUCGCCAGCUUCAGAUGGCAGUAUCUAUGGAGAAGGAAACAGUCGAUUUCGAUGACCAGGAGGAUUUGCCAGAAAUAUCAACCCUAAUUGAGGUCUGUGCUAGUCUGGUAACAAUCGACGAGAACAGCAACACCAUUAGGCUUGCUCAUUGUACGAUUCAACAGUAUCUUGAGUUAAAUCCGACUUUCUCUCAGGAGGCGAAAACGAUUGUUUCUAUAUCUUGUACGACUUUUCUUUCCCUCAAUAACUUUAGACCUUACGUCUCCGGCACCAUAUCCCCAAAGACAGAAGAGCUUGUUAUGCUCCUCGAGGAGUAUCCGCUCUUGGGCUACGCAUUAGAUCUUCCCUACCAUAUUACAACCUGCAGCGACGAGGCCCUGCCUAUAGAAAGCCUCUUGAAAUUCCUAAACACGGAUAAUAUCAAAAUUUUCAAUAAACCAAUUACGGAUGUGUUGUGCCCCAACCUUAUGCCGCUAGAACCAGAAAUCACGAAUCCUCUGUUGCACCUGGCGGCUACUCUAGGCAACCUUUCUGCAGCCCGUAUAUUGGUGAAAUAUUUCGAUAUUAAUGGAUUCACUAUUAUGGGGUACACGCCACUUCACCACGCUGUACUUGCAAAUAAUAUAUCGAUGGUGCGGUUUUUGCUUGAUGAGGGGGCCGAUGUCUCCUUGAAGAAUAAACAUGGGAAUAAUGUCCUGCAUUUGGCAAUUGGAGCCAUGCCGAGUAGCGUCGAUAUAUAUUCUACCUUCGGUCCGGCCAGAUAUGAGAGUAGGCUGGUUGUACAGAGAUUUUGGGCAUAUUGCGGACCAAAUGGCGUUUCUUUUGCGCCGAUAGCUGGAGUGUUUACGCCGGACUCUUUACCGAUUGUCAAGUUAUUGCUAGAGUAUGGGGCCGACCCUAACGCCACUAAUUACUUCGGGUGGAGUGCGCUACGUAACUCAGUCAUAAGACUUAAUAAGGAUCUUAUCGAUUUAUUACUAGAGUAUGCCCUUAACCUCAACGCUAAGGAUUUCGAAGUUGGGGCGGGACCCAAGUACGCCAAACGCAAACCCAACACUAAGAUUUGCUCUAGUUGUAGUGAGCUACGGGAUAUGAAACAUGAGAUGUCCUUUCUCAGUGAAUAUGGACCACGGUGUCCAUGGUUAAUCCGAGGAAAAAUCUUGAAGAGUUAUUCACACCCGCAGCCGCGCAUACGUGUAAUUGAGUAG